AUGUUAGUGGACCUGGACAAUCCAAUCAAGGACCAGGCCAAGUACGCUCGAAUUCUUGCUUGGAAAAGAUGGAUCAACCUGUCCGAAAAUCAAGUCUCGAAUAACCGGGCUGCGGGCAGCGCUCUCCAGGUCAACGCUCCCGUAGGAAGAGAUGUUAUAAAGAAUCAGGUCAACUUCGGCCCAACAGGCCAGUCUGCGGAAACUGAUCAAGAGCGAUGUCGUAAAGCUCUUUCCAAAACAAACCCUUAUUCGAAUCAUGGCUAUCAAAACAUCAUUACAGAUCGGGGUAACGUGUUGAACGGUACUUGCCGGUGGAUUGAAGAAGAUGAUGAUUUCAGGGAAUGGAGACGCCAAAGCGACAAGAUUCUUUGGAUCCGCGGAGGUCCUGGCAAGGGCGAGACGUUUCUUUCUAUACAUUUGACAGAGUAUCUGAAAGGUCAACAUCUUCGCCAGCCAUUGAUUGGACUGCCCAGACCUUUAGUCCUUACAUUCUUCUGCAGUUAUGCCAACAUCGAACGCACUGUUAGUGUUUUCGUCGUCCGAAGCCUCCUAGCGCAGCUUCCCGAGGCCGAUGGAUCCCUCUAUGAGGACGUUCCUCCCGCUUUCAGAGACCACGAAGCACGGAAAGACGACUUGUUUAGCAAUGACAACCAAGAAGCGAUGUGGGGGCUAGUUGUGAAGAUGCUUGGUCGCGUCAAGUGGCAGGUGUAUCUCGUGCUUGAUGGGCCUGAUGAAUGCGAAGAUGCAUCGAUCAAUUUCCUUCAAAUAAAGCUGCAGCAUCUAUACUCGACAGUGACGAAAGCUUAG